CCCAUAAUUAGAACUUUCACAUGCGGCGGCGUAUUUAAACAACACAAUAACAUGAAGAACACGCUUCUCUCUGACUUUUAAACCAGUGGCGAGAAAUCAACGAAGCGUGCGAUUUCAUAACACGCUGAAAGAGCCCAAGCGUGCACCGUUUACAGACUGUAAAUGAACUCGAGUAGGCAAUGGUUAAAACGAAAACGCACAGUUAAAUUGCGAUUCCCAGUGAUAAGCAUCGUCUCGAAUUGUAUCAAAGCAAACGGCGUUUGCGCUUUUAAUAGCGCGUAAACUGCGCCGUCGCUAGUGCCAACUGAUAAAAAGUGAUUUAGCCAUGCAAAACUGACUAAAGCAGAUUUAUUUGACUGGGACACAACUGGUAGGAUUCCCCCAUCUGCUGUCCUCAGGCAGCAGCCCAUGACUGAAAGUAAGAGAUGGGCUGGGCCGCCUCUUUGUGACAAUAGAGAAGAGCUGAAGGUGAUCGCGGGAGCGGCAGCAUCACCGUAUCGCUCUUCACGGAGAACGGACAGGGCACCACAUCUGCUCAUAUAUCAGAGCUUCCACAAGUUUAUGCACGACCACAGCAAGCCGGUUGUUUGACGCGAACUGGACGAGCUGGUCUCACUCCUCCUCCUCCACGCGUGGGCUGCUCGCGCUGCUGGGAACCGGAGAGCUCGGGUCCAUCCCAGCGUUCAACUCACUAUAUCGGAUUCAUUCGUGAACGGCGGAUGUAAUUUAUCGGAGGAAAGCAUCCAAAGGCUUUAUUCACUCGCACGCGCGUCUCUUAACAAACACGGCUGUUGUUCGGGGGCCGGAUAGCCGCGCCACACGCGUUAGACUCGGGAGAGAUUGAGUCGUUGUGGAGUCGGUACACGCACUUUGACGCGGUCCGAACAGGUGUACGCGUUCAGAACUCCAUCCGGACUCAUUUCUGAAGGUCUGAGUGGCGAUUAGGAAUUUAUAACCACAUUUGCAUUUCCCCCCCCUGCAAUAUCUGGACUUAAUCGGCGGUGCUGAAACAGGAGAACUAUGGAUAUCAAAUGGCUUAUUAUUGCCUUUGCGGUUUUGGUGGUCUCAUGCUCGGCCCAGCGGCAGGUCACAGUUCAGCCGGGGCCCUUGAUCCGAACGGAGGGCUCUCACAUCACCGUCUGGUGUAACGUGACCGGCUACAAGGAAGGUGUCGAGCAAGACUUUGAAUGGUCCAUGUACCUUUACACCGCUCCCGAUCGAGAGAUCCGUAUCGUGAGCACGUCCCAGCACAACUACGCCUACGCCUUGUACGCCCAGCGCGUCAACAGCAAGGAGAUCUACGUCGAGAGGCUAAGCGGAGACUCUGUCCUGCUGCACAUCACCAAGCUGCAGGCCACUGACCAGGGCAUGUACGAGUGCUACACUCCCAACACCGACAGCCGCUACCUGGGCUCCUACAGCGCCCGCACCAACCUCACCGUGAUCCCGGACAGUCUGACAGUGACGGCUACUCCUCAGACUCUCUCGAAAGUGGAGGGGGACACGCUACAGCUGAGCUGUGAGGUCACACGCCAGACGUCCCAGCACACUCACGUUUCUGUGGGCUGGUAUCUGCGACCCUCUGAUGACCCCAAUUCUGGUCCACGUGACUUGGUCACCCUGUCUCGGGACUUUGUUCUAAGGCCGGGUGGACAGUACCGCCAGCGUCUGUCUUCAGGAGACCUGCGUCUGGACAAGACCAGCGCCACUUCCUACCGUCUCACCAUCUACAAGCUGCAGCCCACAGACCAGGGAGAGUUCUACUGCGAGGCCUCGGAAUGGAUCCAGGACCCGGAUCGCUCCUGGUACGCCAUGACCCGGAAAGAGUCGGAGAAGACAUCUGUCAAAGUUCAGCCCACAGAUCGGGACUUUAGUAUCCAGGUGACCACUGAGCGCCGGGCCUACACGGCUGGUGAGCCGCUGGAGCUCCGCUGCACCAUUGAUGCUCAGAAUGUUCCAGAGCGCUUCUUCUCGGUGUCGUGGGUCUUCAGCAGCUCACCCGUAGCCGUGAUUGGGCCCAGUGCCGUGCCCGUACUGGGACCCAACUACGUGGAGCGGGAAGCCACCGGCCUCCUGACCGUGCGCAAAGAGAGCCCUUCCGUCCACCUGCUCAAGUUGCAGCAUCUGCUACCGGAGGACUCUGGGAAGUACAUCUGCAGAGUGACAGAACGGGAGAAGACCCUCACUGGAGACUUCAUCGACCGCAGCAAGCGGUCCCGUAACGUUCAGAUCACUGUAACCCCUAUCAGAAGUAACAUCACUGUGUCAUUAUCCAGUAACACUUCAGAGAUUAUGGAGGGGGAGACCGUCCAGUUGACCUGCGUUGUUAGCAACACUGUGGGUCCCUUGUCGGUGGCGUGGCAGUGGACGGAUAAAGAGGGGGCGGGUCCCGCUGUGAACGUGGCUUCAGUGGAUCGCGAGGGCACGGUCACUCCUGGGCCCAGCUUUAGGGAGCGCACCAGCUUUGGAGAGAUCCGGGUGGAGCGGGUUCGACCCGACACGUUCACCCUGUUCCUGUAUAAUGCCUUCCCCACAGAUGAUGGCCAGUACAGAUGCAGCGCCACCGAGUGGUCCCUGAGCGGUACUGCACCUGACUGGAUUUGGCAGCAGAUUGGAGACGAAUCCGCCACCAAGACUAUCACUGUAAAAUCAGUUGAAUCUUUCUUCUUCGUGUCGGCCUCCUCCCGUACACCCAGCGUGACGUUUGGCGACUCGUUCGACCUGCAGUGCAUCGUGAAGCCACGGCACAAUCCCAGCGUUCCUGCUGCGGUCACAUGGCGCUUCCAGCCAGCAGAGGGCGACGGAGAGUUCAGAGAUUUGGUGACGUUUACGAGGGAUGGCACUCUGCAGUGGGGCGACCAGCUGCUGGGCCUGGGCACCCGCACCACGGUGGACCGCACGCCCACGAACACCAACUUCCGCCUCAGCAUCACCCGAGCCGGACGCAAGGAGGCCGGGACAUACCAGUGUGCUGCCCUGCUUUAUCGGAGCAAUUACGAUGGCACCUGGAGCACGGUGGCCAACCGCACCUCCAACCCGCUGGGCAUCAGUGUACUGCAGCCUGUGAGUAAACUGAAGGUGCACAAGUCCAACCAGAGUCUGCAGUUUCUGGAGGACAGUCGGGUGCGUGUCAACUGCUCCAUCACCUCUCAAACCAGCCCGGACUCCCAGCAUGCUGUGCUGUGGUACGCCCGGAAGGCCGAGGCGGGAGAGCCGGAUGAGCUGCUGCUGAAGAUCGAACACUCAGGAGCGUUCGAGUAUGGAGCGUACGCAGAGGAGGAACGUCUCCGCAGCCGUGUGCAGUCAGAGAGGCUCUCUCCUCGGCUCUACGGCCUCACCCUGCACCGUGCCGAGACCAGCGACUCUGGAACAUACUACUGCCUUGUGGAGGAGUGGCUCACGGACCCCGAUGGACUCUGGUACCGCCUGGCGCAAGACUCCUCCGGCUUCUCACAUGUGAUGGUGAGACAGCCAGUGGUGAAGUUGCAGGUGGAGGAGGCAGAAUCUAAUAUCACAGUACCUGAAGAUGGAGCAAUCCGGCUGGGCUGCAGCAUUCUGUCUCAGUCCUCUAAAGAUUCCCGCUUCUCUGUAUCCUGGUAUGUGUACCGUUUGGGACAGGAGGAGGAGGAGGAGGAACAAGAGUGCGUCUUUUCCAUCGGUCAUGAUGCAGUGUUUGGUAAUGGGAACUGCAGCCCUACGGAGGAGCCCGGUCCAAACUCCCGCCUGCAGUUUGAACGCACCACCUCUGACCUGUACAGUCUGACCAUCCAGAAAGCUCGGUCCAGAGAUGCCGGCAAUUACUACUGCCAUGUGGAGGAGUGGCUGCUGAACCCACGCAAUGCCUGGUACCGCCUGGCCACCAACAACUCUGGAGUCACCAUUGUUAAUGUUAUGGAGCAGGUCUCUACCCUACAGUCAGUGGUUUGUUCAAACGACUCCCUCUUCUACUUCGUCUUCUUCUACCCCUUCCCUAUCUUCGGCAUCCUCCUCAUCGCGGUCCUGCUGGUGCGCUACAAGACCCGCAGCUCCAGCAAGAACCAGGAGGGCAAGAACGGAGCUCCGCUCUUGUGGAUCAAAGAGCCUCAUCUCAGCUAUUCCCCAACCUGUCUGGACCCCCCAGCCCUCAGCCUUCACCCCGGCUCUGUGGAGUAACAGUGACACGAACGUGACCCUGUCUCGCUCAUCUACACUCUCUCUCUGACUCGCUCUCUGUUUUUCUUCUCCUCCUCGUCCGUGAUGAGGCCACCAGAAAGUAAUCUGGGCUUCUAGCCUGGCCUGUCAAUGCGUCCAUAUGACUGACUAAGACCUUCCUCAGUUGAAGUUGCCAUGACUACGGUGGCUGCCGGCACCGAUGCCUAGACAUUCGCUUUGCUUUCUUUUUCCUGAUCUUUUUUUUUUUUUUUUCUCAAGUAUAAUUUUACUUUUCAUUCAUGCUCUUGUGCGAGAACCUUUCUUUGAGGUGGCAGUAUCCGUGAGCCUUGAUGUAUUUUACCCGACUGACACCUCUCCGGGAUCGGAAAAAACAGUUUAUUUUUUUCUUUUUUACUCCCGUCUAUGAAGUCUGGUGGAAACCAUUGCAUAUUAUUUGUUAUUUUGUCUGUGCUGAUUUUUGCUUUAGAAGCCUGGAAGGUCAUUGCUGGACUAUGAGACAAUGGUGUAUGGAUGAAGGAAGAAAAGGACAAUCUUUUCUCAGAAAAAUUCGGAAAGCUGACAAUGGAUGUAUAUCGAUUUUGUUUGUGUGCACGUGCCACAGAACUGACCUGAGAACUGCCUCUGUUUAAAUGGAUAUAGACUAUGGAGAGCCCUCAUUGCCCACAGACUCAAGGAUAUACAUGAACCCCAGCUCAUCCUCACUGCCAAAGACCAAUGCAACUUCAAAAGCCACAAAUUCAAAGACACUGAAUAGGAUUAGAUCUGUGUAGCGUGAUGCUGGAAAAGACAGUGAGCUUCCAACACUGGCAUGUUUCCUCAUCGCUGGUGCUCAGAUGUUUCUACAUGCUCCAAAUUGCCCGUUUCAAGGUCUUCUUGACCUUUACGAUGUUAAGAAGAUCCAUUUAUCUCUAAAAACACCCUUGUGUAUGUGAGUGUGUGCUUGUUUGUGUGUAUAUGCACAACUGACCCCACAUUUGGUGAGCGCUGGCCUCAUCGUCCUCGUAUUUUCAUAAUGCAAGGUUAAAUGGAAACGAAAGUGGGCGUGAAGGGCUUCUCUCUCCGGAGUUUUUGAAUUUCUCGUAAAAAAACGUUGUCUUGUGGGAGACGGCAGACAGGACACUAUAGACUCGAGGGACAUUCUCAGUGCCAAGAUCUUUUUAUCAUCAUACGUGCCCCGUGACGAUCCAGAAGGAAAGCAGAUAUGGGCAGACUUCUGCGUAUAUGAGUUAUGAAGGGAUUUGACAUUUUGUUUUAUCUAUAUUCUAAGUCACAUCAAGUGUUGUUGUUCUUCUCUUUAUUGGUUUGUGUUUGAAAUAUGGUGCCCGCUCUUUGUGUUACCGCUGAAAAAAUCGUGAAAACUUAUAUUGCGCAGUGUCAUAACCUGUAACCUGUGAAGACCUACUAGUGUGAUUAUAUCUCUGAGGAUGAAUAUAGCAUUGAAAUUUCCGUCGGUCUCCAUGAACACUUUGAAAACACUGCCAUAUUUUACCAUUGAAGAUGCUAUGAUCCUCACAUCUGCUCUGCAAUCCACACGAGUCCGGUUUCAUUCAAGAAAGAUUCAACCUCUAUACUGAAAAGCAUUUAGAGCUUAGCUGUAGCGUGGAUGAUUUUUAUGUUAAUUUUCCUUUCAUGUCAACACGGACUAUGAAACAUAACGUGUUAUCUAGUAACGGCGACCUGCGGUCUGACACCAAACUGGAUGUGUCUCACUUAUAGACUCCGCAGAGUAUCAUCUGGGUCCCUGCCGCCCUCAUAUGAUCUCAACAGUCAACAUCGCGGCUUUUCUGUAAAUGAAAUUUAGAUCCAUUCAAAGCUUGUGAUCGUCUUAUUUAUUGAAUCAUAAAACUCCUAGAUAGAAUAUGUGAACUUCAUAAAUCUGAAUAGACAGAAUGUGGCAGAAAUGGCAGAGAACAUUGAGGCAAAUAUAACUUGGCUAUACUUGCGUGCAGUGGCCUAAAGGAUUAUGGGAAGUAAUUCAGAAGCAGUCUGAGAAUCUUCAUGACACAGUGAUCUAGCGCUCUUUAUCUACUAAAUUUCGUUGAACUGUACAGUGCAUGAUGAUGAGUAAGGGGGACAUUUUCUGAAUGUCUGAAAGUUGUGUGUCGUGAUCAGAUCAAUGGCAUCCUCACCAUCUCCACUCUGAGGAAGGCCUCGCUGAUUCAAAGCACCUGUUCAGUCAUUUUAACACAGCGACUCUCAAAUGUAAUACAGAUCAAUAGGUUGACCUUCCUCAAGUAGGAGAUGUGAUAUUGCAGUUCUGCUGUCGUUCAAUCUGUACAGACUUAUUCAGAACUCUAAAUAGUGUUUUUGUAGUUCAACAUGCCCAGCUGAAUCAUAAUGUUCUCACAAUGUUGUAAAUGCAUUCCGAGGGCUGCAUGUCAUGGCUGUGUACUGGCAGUAUAGCUGCAGAAAAACAAAUGACAAAAAAUAUUGUGUUGAUGUGUGUUCAGUUCAGCCAGUGCUGCUUUUUCAAGUGGUGAUUUUUGUUCUUUUUUUUUUUUUUUUUUUAAAUAACCAAAAUAGUGCACUGAAUAUUUAAAAAAAGAAGUUGCCAUAGGUUUUUUUUUUUUUUUUUUUAAUGCUUAUGUGUUUUUGUUGUACUCUGUUUAAUUUUUGUUGUGUUUUUUAUAUCUAUACUUAUUUUAUUAAAUUGUAGCAAUUGCUAUUAUGAAAAGGCACUUUGCUAUUGUCAGUUGAUUGCAAUAAAACAUUCAGUGCACCACACUUUAGAUUGUGUUUAUAUAAUAAUGUAUCGGUUUAUAUUGGACCAGUUUGCAAAUUUUAAGAGUUGUAGCAGUUAAAGGCAUAGUUUAAAUAUUUUCUCAUCCUUUUCAAAUCUGUAAUUGUCAAAUCCACCAACAUUGGACACCAUUUACUGCCAUUGUAUCAACAAAAACUUUAUGUUCCACAGAAGAAUGGAUGUCUUACAGGUUUGUAUUUGAAUUAAUUUGGAUUUUUGGUUGAACUAUCCCAUUAAGAUAAGCUUCUGAGUUUACAAUUACAGCUAGUAGUUACAUUCAGCUAAAGAAUAAGGUUUCUGUACCUUUCACCUUAAUGAAUAACAAGAGUUUUUGAUUCUUUCCUUGACCUCCAGGGCUUUGAAGGGAGUGAAAAGUACUGUCUUUUAAGAAGGUGAGACUGGAAUCUGACAUAUCUUGCAGUGUCUUAUCUGGUCUGGUGAAGUCAAACGCUUUGGAUUGUGGGCUGGAUGAGUUAUUAUAGCAGGCCAGAGCUUGUUAACCUCCAGAGCAGGCGGAGGACUCACAUUGAGAGCUGCUGUCCCUUCCAGCUGCUCACAAACCUGAUUUAAUGGUGGACAGUGGCCAGUCUGAGCAUCUGUCUGCAUGAAGACAUCCUUUCGUGCUUUGUUUACCUAAUUUUGUGAUGUUCUGUAUUUUCAAAUUACAGCAGUUAACUACAGCCCCCAAAUUCGGCAUUCAAGGAGUGCAUAUAUUUGCCCCAAACACAAUGAAAUAAUUUACUUUUGUGAAACUUCGCUUGUUUUGCUCUGGUUGAGUCUGCGUGCUGCUUGAUGACACACAAUAUUUCAUGAAUAGGCUUCUUAUGGAACCAUUUGUUUUAACAGGCUGAGAAAAAAAAAAUAUACUAACUAAUUGAUCAAAUGUUGUCAGAAACAAAAGUUUCUUAUAAAAAAUAGAUUUUAAGCAUCCAGCCACCCCUAAUGAAGCAAAUUAAAAUGAGAAAAGACUUUAAAGAUUUGAAAACCUACUGAAAUUGAUUGAUAAGCAGCUAUGAUUAAUAAAUAAGUAACUUGUAUUUACAUAACACUGUUCUAGAACAUUGCCACAUGUACAACAAGGUACAAAAAGUGACGUGGCAUCCUAUUAAAAAAAAAAAAAAAACGUGAAGAAAAUAGUAGCAACUUGCUAGUUAGUCAGAUUUUUGGGGGAAAUAUAGUAAUUCUAGAGAGCAUUCGAACAGGACAUAUAUCUGAGUAAGACUUUAAUCUUAAAGGCACAGUAGGCAAGAUUUGGUCAUCUAGUGAAUUAGGCGUAAAACUGCAAGUAACUGUUCAGCAUGGAUGAAUAUGAUGGUUUGUACUGGUCUUUAUUUAUUAUUAUUAAUGUUUAAAACAGUUGUGCUGCUUAAUGUUUUUUGUGGAAACUGUGAUACAGUUGAUUAAAAUAAAUAAUGCUAUAAAAGACGUCUUUUCCAGCAACAUCCGACCUGAUGGCUCAAAUUAAAAAUCAUUAUGAGCUUGGCGUUGUGUAUCUCGAUAAGGCAAGAAGACAAGCUCUUUUUGUUCAUUUUAACCCCAAAAAUCGUAUGUAAUGCAAAUAGCCAUUACAUUGUUUUUUUGUUUUUUUUUGUACGUAGUGCAGCCUAUAUCUGCUAAAUGUGAAUGUUCUGUCAACGUUUAGCAUUUAGAUGACAUCAAAGCAAAUACUCAUGAAGCGAAAGCCACAAACCUCUCAUUUUAAUUUCACGGGGUCUUUAAGCUAAAUCGUGCAUGCGGUCAUGUGAGCUCUGCGACUCAUUAUUUUAAUUUGCAUCGUUUGGGGUGGGUGUUUUUUAAACAUAUUUUGCUCAAUUUGUGAAGCAGUGGUGUGUAUGAAUGAUAAUGUGUGUGUGUGUGUGUGUUUGUGAUGGCCUGAUGUGAGUAGCAAGAGGUUGUCAUACAGGAUAGAUGGUCCUGUCCGCUGUUUCUGUCCUGUCUGCUAACCGAGCAUGGCAUGACCACCAGGGGCCAGGACCAAAUCACAUCACACCUAUCAUAACUCAUCCUGACUCGACGGCUAAAACUCCAUUCUGCUCAUGAAUAUUAAUACUUCUCUCACUCCAUGAUGUAUGUGGGAUUGUGUUUCCCAUUUCUGGGUCUGCGGGAGAAACUGCUCGGAGAAUUUGUAAAUACAGUCUCCCCGCUACCCUUCAUUACAUUACCUGUCUGAACGGUGUCGAAUCAAUUUGCUGACACCACCGCCUGUGCUUUGUGUCACAGGACCUAUGAAAGCCCUGAAUGGAACGGGAAUUACUUUCUGAUGAAAGCAAACCUGUGCCACAGGUGUGUACCUUUUGUGUCAUUUGUAAUAUAACAAAAAAGUGUUGGAGAGGAGAACAGACACCACGUCUCUGUAGGAUUGCAGUGAAACAUGGUUCUGGGCUUUGGGAUGCACUCUUCAAUAACAUCCAGAGCCGAGGUCAUGUUUCUGACAGACCGCCUCAGAAAUCAGGAAGACGGAUUAAAGAAGAGCGAAUACAAAUGGAUAAAAGAAAGCAGACAGAUGCCUCGGGGAAACACCACCGAAAGAAUAAAAUGUGAAGAGUGUGUGUUCAUGUUUACAGCAGGGUGAUUCAAGUAGUUAUUUUGUCCACUUCAGAUGCAAGGUCGAGUUGUCUGAUGCAGGAGAGUGUGUUUUUCUCAUAAAGACUGUAUGGAUUGUGAAAAAAAGCUCAGCUCAAUAGACACCAGUAGAGUUCUGCAGACAUGCUUCUGUAAUUAUAUUUUUUGACAGCGAUUUUAAUCAUCUAUUGACAAUAUUUGUUUUUCUUUUUUUCCCACCAAAGUCAGAACACUAUGAGCAACUUUAAAAGUUGUUUUGUAUCCUGAAGAAAUAGACACUUUGCAAGCAGCAUAUGUACAGGGUAAUGCACAAUCUGCAUCUGCC